CACAGGUCUGGCGCAGGCUGCCGCCCCUGUGAAAACGCCCGUCGCGUGAGGUUCAGGCCAUGUACUCCUACUGGGGCAGCCCGCUGUCUGGGGAGGGCGUCUGGCCACCGCUGCAGCCGAGCACCUACACCUACCUGCCCGCCCCGCCGCUGCUGCCCCCCAUCCAGGCGCACAACUUCUGCAGCCGGCCCCGGAGCCUGGGCGCGGGCGAGUGGGCGGCCCCGCGGGAAUACCACUUCUUCUACGGCACCACCGCGCCGCCCUGGUGGGUUGUCCCUGCCGCCUACUCCACGGCCCUGCCCCCGCCGCUGCCACCCGCAGCCGGCGUCCUGGGGCCGUCACUGCAGGCGCCCGCCGCGGCCGGGCCAGCGGCGGCGGCUGAGCCCUGGGAGCCGUGGCCCGAGGGGGGUAGCCUCCAGGCCGAGCUGCGCUGGGGACGCGUGGAGCGCGUGCUGGGCCCGCGCCUCCAGCUGCCCCACUUCGUGCGCCGGGAGCUGCGGCGCGUGUACGGCACGUACCCACGCACCGACGUGCGCGUCACCUACCGCCGCGGCGAGUUCCUGCUGCAGGCGGCCCCGCGCGUCCCGGAGCCCGAGUACCACGUGGGGAGGCGUGUGGUGCGACGGCCGGCCAGCGGUGACAGCGGCGACAGCGGCCUGGCCGGGGAAGCCCAGGAGCUCGGCCGCUCCAAGAGGAAGAAAGGCCUGAGCUGAGCGCGGCCCCGGAGCCGGCGAGCGCGAGGGAGGCCUCACCUGUGCGCAGGAGCCGAGCCGGCUGCAUCCCCUCCUCACGUGCCUUUUCUUUUUUUCCCUUUUCCCUUUUCCCCCUGCCUGCUCGCCAGCGCCAGCCUGCACUCCGUUGAUCUAUCGCGCGCUUCCUCCCGGAUGGUGGAGGAUGCUUUGUUCCUUUUUCCCUCUAGAUGGGUUUAGGAAGCGAGGGAAUGAAGUGACAGGAGGGCCUGGGCCCUUUAUGCCCCACGUCCUCCUUCUUCCCCCAAGAAGCCUGCCCCACCGUGUGGUCCAACUUUCCUUGCCUUCUACCAAGCUAGUGGAGCAACUGUAUAUCCAGUUUGUUAAUAAAAGUAAAGAAGUGGGGCUGGCGCUGUGGCGCAGCGGGUUAACGCCCUGGCCUGAAGCGGCAGCAUCCCAUUUGGCCGCCGGUUCGAGACCCGGCUGCUCCUCUUCCGAUCCAGCUCUCUGACAUGGCUUGGGAAAGCAGUGGAAGAUGGCUCAAGUCCUUGGGCCCCUGCACCCAAGUGGGAGACCUGGAAGAAGCACCUGGCUCCUGACUUUAGAUGGGCGCAGCUCUGGCCGUUGCGGCCAAUUGGGGAGUGAACCAGCGGAUGGAAGACCUCUCUGCCUCUCCUCUCUCUGUGUAAACUCUGACUUUCGAGUAAAUAAAUAAAUAUAAAAAAAAAAAAAAGUAAAGAACUGAAUGAAGUAAAAUGUUGGCUAGAAGAUGAGCUUUCUGUUUAACAGUGGGUGCCUGGCUCCCUAUCUGGGUAACAGGAC